GGUAGAAAGUCAUAUACUGAGGGUGUUAACCGGCAGUGGGUUGUGGAUCCAGAGACAUUUACAAUGAAAUUCUUGAUGAAUAGCCUAAGUGUCGAGUUAACAUGGGGUGAGAAUCAAUCUCCUACAGUGUGGGUUGUGGAUCCAGAGACAUUUACAAUGAAAUUCUUGAUGAAUAGCCUAAGUGUCGAGUUAACAUGGGGUGAGAAUCAAUCUCCUACAGUGUGGUACUUUGAUAGGGAGGUUGGGGAGGAUGUGAGACUACUUAAUGAUAAUCAAUUGCCAGGCCUCUUUGAAAUGUAUCAAACAGAUACACAAUUCCAUUUGGUUGUAGCUAUUCUUGAGAGUAGUAAGGCAGACCAAUUUGAUUUUACUGUGUUUGAACCUAUACGUUUUAUCCCUCCAGAGGAUGACAGAAACAUAUGUUCUGAUCAACCUAGGGUCAGCACUGUCCUGCCAUUGCCCAUUGUUGAGAAUGUUGGUUCUGGAGAUGAUGCUUAAAAUGUUGGAGGUUCUGAGAAGCCUGCAACAGAACAAGCAGAAGCUAGAGCACCUGACAUGUUUGACAAUGAUGAAGAGUAUGUAGGUGUAGAUGAUGAGCAUAUUUAUGUUCCUCAAAAUUCAGAGAAUGUCCAAGCUUCUGAAUACACUGACCAUACACCCACAGAGCCUGGGCAGUCUUCUCAGUCUGAUGCUGUAGGGGAUGGAGCUCCUGAAGCACAGGUGACUGAUGAAGAUCCUCAGGUUCUCAAUGUGAUUCAUGAUCCUGAAAAUCCCAACAUUGUGAAGGAUGCAUUAUUCCCUGACAUUGUAGCAUUCAGAAAAGCUAUAAGGCAUUAUGCUAUUAAAAAUGGUUUUUCAUUUGCCCCUGGUUUGAAGACAGAUCCAACAAGAUUUUUAGCAAAAUGUGCAGUUGAUGGAUGUCCAUGGCGCAUACAUGCUUCUAAACUACCGGGUUGCAAAGUAAUAAAGAUUAAAGUACUACAUGCUAAACACAACUGCCCAUCAACCAAACUUCAUGAAAAUAAGAUGGCAACUCAGGGCUGGUGUGCUGACAGGCUAGCUGAUUGGGUGAAACAGAACCCAAGGAAGAAAGCAAAGGAUGCAAAAGAGAAGCUUGAACAAGAUUAUGACAUCAAACUUAAGUACUCUAAGGCAUGGUCUGGGUUGAAGAGUGCCCUAGAACAAAUCCAUGGAAAGUAUGAAGAGAGCUUCUAGUUUCUGUUCAACUGGAAGGCUGAGAUUGAGAGGAUUUCACCAGGUACAAUUGUUGAAAUUGAUUUGCAGAAGCUAGGGAAGAAAAAUUGUUUCAAAAGAAUCUUUAUUGCUUUAAAGCCAUGCAUAGAUGGGUUUCUUAAUGGAUGUAGACCAUACUUAGGUGUUGAUUCCACAAGAUUAGUUGGUAAAUACACAGGACAGCUUGCAUCUGCCACUGUUGUAGAUGGACAUAAUUGGCUAUUUUAUGUUACAUAUGCUAUUUUUGAUUCUAAAACGGAUGACAAUUGGUUGUGGUUUAUGCAACAACUCAAUAAAGUCAUAGGAGAACCUGAAGGCUUAGUAAUUAGUACAGAUGCAUGUAAGGGUCUAGAGAAAGCAGUAGAUGCAGCAUUCAAUAAAGUUGAACAUAGGGAGUGCAUGAGACAUCUAUAUGCAAAUUUCAUGAAGAAAUACCAACGUCCAAUCUUUUCUGAUCAUCUAUACCCAGCUGCUAGAAGUUACACUGAGGAUAGAUUUAGAUGGCACAUGCAACAAAUUUACCAAGUGAAACUUGAUGCAAUAGAAUACCUUGAGAAACACCACUCUAGAAUUUGGUAUAGAUGUGGUUUCUCUGAGGCUAGUAAAUGUGACUACUUGACAAAUAAUGUCUCAGAGAGUUUUAACAACCAAAUCAAAGGUAUGAAAGGGUUGCUAUUGCAUGAACUGGUUGACUCACUUAGGGAAAUGAUUAUGGAGAAGAUGGCCCUAAGAAGAUAUGUUGCAAGGAAAUUGCAGGAUGGUAUCCUUCCCAAUGUGAUGAAAGAUUUGAAUAAACUUACUAAUAGUUUGAAGGUGGUCAAGGUAGCUCGAAGUGAUGAUGGAUUUGCAGAGAUUACACUUGUUGAGGCUGACAAUAGUACCAAGAGGCACACAGUCAACCUAGAACAUCAUACAUGCUCUUGCAGGGUUUGGCAGAUCACAGGAAAGCCAUGCAAGCAUGCAUUGGCCUGGAUUUGUACUAACAGACAUAGUAUUGAAGAUUUUGUCAGCCCCUAUUACAGUGUUGCUAUGUUUAAACAAGCAUAUGCAGGGAGGGUGCCACCAAUGACUAAUAGGUCUCAAUGGCCCAUUAUUGAUAUUGGAUUCAAGGUUUAUCUACCAAAACAGAAGAGAGGGGCUGGAAGGCCUAGAGUUCAGAGGAUCAGAGAUUGUCUUGAGGCUGGCAGAAAGAAAGUGUUGUGCAGAAGAUGUAAGAGAUUUGGUCAUUUUGAGAAAACCUGUAAGCUAGCAGAACCAGCUGCUAAUGAGGACAUGGUAGUCCAACCCAAGACCAACAAAAGGAAAAGACAGGUUCCAACAGGGGAUGCAACUUCUUCUUCUUCUUCUCUGAAGAAGCAAAAAACUGCCCAAAAGAUGCAGAGUACCACGCACAAAAAGAAGACCCCAAAGAAGAAGAAAACCCCACAGAAGAGAAAGGAACUAGCUGCUUCUACUGCUCCACCAGCCAGAGUUGUUAGAAAGCUAUCAGAUUGGCUUGGCAUGUGAAGAAAGCAUAUAUCGAGCUUGCUUCAGAUUUUGCUACUCACUGGACUUGUUAUGUAUUUUGAUGAACUUGUAUGUGUGACUAGUAGAAGAGUUGUUUGCUGUCUUUUGUUGAACUGGUUAUGUAUUAUAUUUUGUUGAACCAAUUAUGUACUAAACCUGUCUAUUUUGAGCCAGUUGCCUACUGAACUUGUCCUAUGACAUGCUGUCAACUAUGGUUACUGAACUGGUUAUUCCAAACCAACCAUAUGUGUGCUCUAUGAAGUAUGCUUACUGAA